UUGAACGGAGAGCAGGAACAUAAACACACCGAGCGGGAGGAAACGGGACCGUAAAAUCGUCCAAAGAUCCACCGCAGCUUCUGGAGAGAGCAGCCGAACGGGAGCUAUUGUUUUCGGGGAGAGAGAGUCGCAGGGUCCGGGGGGCUCCGACGGGGGGCUGAAGCGGAGCGAACAGCCGCUAACACGCCGAGAGACGGAGCCUGAUAGUCGGGAGGGAACCAGGCUCGCCGCCGUGGCGGAAUUACUAUCCAGAAGAAUCAUCUGAAAGGCUGAAUGGGAUGGAGCCGGGACCAUCAGGAGCUGUGCCCACGGCGCCGUACCCCCCGCCCAUGCAGCAGGUCUUCCAGGCGCCCCGGAGGCCUGGCAUGGGCACCGUCGGCAAGCCCAUCAAGCUGCUGGCCAACUACUUCGAAGUGGAGAUCCCCAAGAUGGACGUCUACCACUACGAGGUGGACAUCAAGCCUGACAAGUGUCCUCGUCGGGUCAACAGGGAGGUGGUGGAGUACAUGGUGCAGCAUUUUAAACCGCAGCUCUUCGGCGACCGCAAGCCAGUUUACGACGGCAAGAGGAACAUCUACACGGUCCUGGCUCUCCCUAUAGGAAGUGAGAAGGUGGACUUCGAGGUGACCAUCCCGGGCGAGGGCAAGGACCGCAUCUUUAAAGUGUCCAUCGGCUGGCUGGACAAGGUCUCGUGGCGGUUGCUGCAGGAGACUCUGGUCAGCGGGCGUCUGCAGGUCCCGCUGGACUCGGUUCAGGCUCUGGACGUGGCCAUGAGACACCUGGCCUCCAUGAGGUACACGCCGGUGGGCCGCUCCUUCUUCUCCCCUCCUGAAGGGUACUACCAUCCGCUGGGAGGAGGGCGGGAGGUCUGGUUCGGCUUCCACCAGUCCGUACGGCCCGCCAUGUGGAAGAUGAUGCUCAACAUCGACGUGUCGGCCACGGCUUUCUACAAAGCUCAGCCGGUCAUCGAGUUCAUGUGCGAGGUUCUGGACAUCCGCAACAUCGACGAGCAGCCUAAAACUUUGACCGACUCCCAGAGGGUUCGCUUCACCAAGGAGAUCAAAGGCCUGAAGGUAGAAGUGACGCACUGCGGACAGAUGAAACGAAAGUACAGAGUGUGUAACGUCACCCGCCGCCCCGCCAGCCACCAAACGUUUCCGCUGCAGCUCGAGAGCGGCCAGACGGUGGAGUGUACGGUGGCACAGUAUUUCAAACAGAAGUACAACCUGCAGCUGAAGUACCCACAUCUACCCUGCCUGCAGGUGGGCCAGGAGCAGAAACACACCUACCUGCCUCUGGAGGUGUGUAACAUUGUGGCCGGGCAGCGGUGCAUCAAAAAACUGACGGACAAUCAGACGUCCACCAUGAUCAAAGCCACGGCGCGCUCUGCACCCGACCGACAGGAGGAGAUCAGCAGACUGAUGAAGAAUGCGAACUUCAACCUAGACCCCUACAUCCAAGAGUUCGGGAUCAAGGUCCGGGACGACAUGGCAGAGGUGACGGGUCGAGUCCUCCCAGCUCCCAUUCUACAGUACGGCGGCAGGAACCGAGCCAUAGCGACACCCAACCAGGGAGUCUGGGACAUGCGAGGGAAGCAGUUCUACAAUGGCAUCGAGAUCAAAGUGUGGGCCAUCGCCUGCUUCGCCCCACAGAAACAGUGUCGCGAGGAGGUGCUCAAGAACUUCACCGACCAGCUACGUAAGAUCUCGAAGGACGCCGGGAUGCCCAUCCAGGGCCAGCCGUGUUUCUGUAAGUACGCGCAGGGAGCCGACAGCGUGGAGCCCAUGUUCAGGCACCUGAAGAACACGUACGCCGGCCUGCAGCUCAUCAUCGUCAUCCUGCCCGGGAAAACGCCCGUCUAUGCGGAGGUGAAGCGUGUAGGAGAUACCCUGUUAGGAAUGGCCACUCAGUGUGUCCAGGUGAAGAACGUGGUGAAGACCUCGCCUCAGACGCUCUCCAACCUCUGCCUCAAGAUCAACGUCAAACUCGGCGGCAUCAACAACAUCCUGGUACCGCACCAACGGUCAGCAGUGUUCCAGCAGCCCGUCAUCUUCCUGGGUGCGGACGUCACUCACCCGCCGGCAGGAGACGGGAAGAAGCCCUCCAUUACUGCUGUCGUCGGGAGCAUGGACGCCCACCCCAGUCGGUACUGUGCCACGGUACGGGUCCAGAGACCCCGGCAGGAGAUCAUAGAGGAUCUCUCCUACAUGGUGCGCGAGCUUCUCAUCCAGUUCUACAAGUCGACCCGCUUCAAGCCCACCAGGAUUAUCUUCUACAGGGACGGCGUACCCGAAGGCCAGCUACCACAGAUCUUGCACUACGAGCUUCUGGCCAUCCGGGACGCCUGCAUCAAACUGGAGAAGGAUUACCAGCCCGGCAUCACCUACAUCGUGGUACAGAAACGCCACCACACCCGCCUGUUCUGUGCCGACAAGUCAGAAAGGAUUGGCAAAAGUGGCAACAUUCCAGCAGGAACCACCGUCGACACCAGCAUCACGCACCCCUUCGAGUUCGAUUUCUACCUGUGCAGUCAUGCAGGAAUUCAGGGCACCAGCCGACCCUCGCAUUACUACGUGCUGUGGGACGACAAUCGCUUCACCGCAGACGAGCUCCAGAUCCUCACCUACCAGCUGUGCCACACGUACGUCCGCUGCACGCGCUCGGUGUCCAUCCCUGCGCCCGCCUACUACGCCCGGCUGGUGGCCUUCCGUGCCCGCUACCACCUGGUGGACAAAGAGCACGACAGCGGGGAGGGCAGCCACGUUUCGGGCCAGAGCAACGGCCGCGACCCCCAGGCUCUGGCCAGAGCCGUACAGAUCCACCACGACACCCUGAGGACCAUGUACUUCGCCUGAGCGUCUGCACUACAAGGGUCCGAGGAGCCUCCUGACCUCUCUGAGCCAGUCCUUACAGCAUCACGAGAACCACAAACCCUACGCACCUCGACAGGACCGUCCCCAGCAGAACGACCCGCUGGGAGCCGGACGGGACUAGACUCUGUUACUGUUUUCAACUGUGUUGUUGUGAACUACCUUCACGGCGUGUGUGUACCUGUACGUUUAUAUGCAAUAUGGAUGAGGAACGGCACGACCGUCCACCACCGACUUGAAGAUUCAACUGCCACUACAACUCUUCCUCUCGCGCUAGGCUGCCCGCCAGUGGAACCGAACACAGACGUGUCAUUUUAUUUCUCACUGUAUGAAUUUGUAUUGUUUUGUUUUUUAUUAUUAUUAUUGUUGUUUUAAACAGUGUUACAGAACGGACGAUUUUAGCACUUAGUGUUAGCUUUUAGACACCGCGAGCCCGGGUUGUUGAAAACCUUCCAUUCCGGCGUACAAGCAGGAUGGACUGUGUGGCGAUCCACGGAUACUGAAGACGUGCAUUUGGUGUAGCCGAUCGUAUUUAGAUCCGCCUGUGUAGCCAGUGGCGGCGUUAGUUUGAUGAUAGACGGACUGUCGGUGCAUUUAUACAAAAGUCCAGAGAUGCCAUGCAUUCGUCUUUCCUGACGUCUUAUUUUCAGACCAUGUUUCCAUAUUCCAAUCAUUUCUGCCACGGUUCUAAUCCUGUGAACUUGAGAGAAUCAAAGGUCCAAGUUUAACCACCAAGUUUUCCUAUAUUCCUAUACAUUAAGGUCAUUCCACGAGCUCAAUAUUAGCCUGAUUUAGCCAUUCCGAAAGACAAGACUUUGGAAGUAACGACCCGUUUUUAUUAUUCCGUCCACUUUCUGCACUUUCUGCUGCUAUGGCACAAAGUUAAUCGACGUUACAGAAGGUUGUAAGUUGUUUGCAUAUUUGAACCCGGUAGAUUUUCCGAUUUAGAAGUAUUUUUGGAUGAAGAAACGUGUUAUCCAGUCAUUCCAAUUUGACUGCCUCAACAAACGUGUUCUGUAUGGGUGUAUGUAAACGUUUGACCUCAGCUGUAAAUAAAUGAGGUUGAAGAGCUGGACGUAAGGUUGAAGAAACUGCUUGGUCAUCUUCCCUAGUGUGGUUAAUUAAUUAUAUUUAGUAAUAUUUGGCUCAAGUUUUAAAUCCAACGUUACCAACACAAGGAAAGUUUUAAGCCACCAGAGUAACUGGGGUGUAUCGUGAAAGCUGCAUCUCUUUUGAAUGCCAUCAUGUUCUUAAACAGACGUGCUGUUUCACUGACUACCUUAAACAGGUCAGUGUCUGGUGCCACCCUAUAAUAAAUAUGCCAACCCAACCCCUGCAUGUUUUUAGGAAGAAGGUUUUCUCCUGUCUCCAAACAAUAUGCAAGCUGGUGGAUUGACUUCAAUAAAUAUGAUCGAGAAAGUGAUGGAUAGGCUUUUAGUUCUGGGUUUGAUCCUGUUAUUUAGUAUGUAUGGGUUUCCCUUGAGUACCUCACCUCCCACGAAUGCUGCAGUAGGUGGAUUGCGAAGUACCAGUUGCUCCUAGUUAGGAGAGUGACUGAGUUAGGAAACGAAUCAUGCAUGGCCUCUCUGGACCGCUACCUACACCAAAACCAGCAUUCUGAAAAAUGUGAUGCCCACCAUUCAGAGGCACUUAUCCUUCCAAACCAUGAAUGAAUCUUUCUGUCUGUAUGUCAGGAAAAUAUCCAUGCUGCAUUCUGGCACCUGACUGGUCAGUCUCUGCCAGGAAUCGAGAGACUUUACCUUGUUACGACAGUCUCAGAACUGUUUUCUUCCUCUCCACAAGAGCCUUCCAGCAUCUCUAAACUGGUCUGUACCUGAAGCAAUACAAGGUCUUUUUAUUCGACGCAGAGCAGACCCAGAGAAGAGCGCCAGAGGAAGCGGCAGCCGCUCUGGAUCAACUCUGCUCACACUGCACAUUCCACGGUCCGAGAAGGACGUGACACGCUUCCCUCACGCCUCUUCUCUUUGUAGCUACUCCGCCCCCUCAGAUAUGUGAAAGCACUGCAGCCGGGUACAACCGCGGCCCACCCGGCCUUCGCCAACACGCAGAGGCAACCAGCAUUGUCAUUUCAAAGCCCCGGUCACACCGUGGGCGUAGCAGCCGCGGUAACACACGCCUACCUUGUUGCAUCCUCUUCUCUCGCCUAGAUCUUCAUGAUGUGUACCAUGUACACUGUGCAUCGAAGAGAAGAACCUAGUGUCCUUCGACUAGCCAUUUUAUGUAUUGCAUGUUUUAAUCAGUCGUGUCGUGACUGAUCGUUGUUUCACGCCAAAAAUAGUUUUCGUUUGUAAACGCACUUCUCGUACCUUAGCAGCAGCCAUGAGGGAGUCAUGGUCGUCUUCAGCCUCGAAAGCACCUCAAAAUAAAAACGUCCUCCACACGUGGUCCGGUUAAAUACGAAGAGAUUGAGAUGUAAUCAGGAUUAAUCAUGUUUUAUUUACUUCGUGAGAUAUUAUGUUUGACCAAACCGACUACUUUGAAAUGUAUUUGUAGCUCCCUAUUGUUGGGCCUGUAUAACCAGUGCAUUCUCUCCCAUCUGAGAUCGAUCCAGCAAUUUUGUCAUGAUGCAGUACUUUAAUUCUUAGAAGCCACAUGCGACUCAUGGACUUUAUAAAUAGGAAACUGGAGAACAAACUUUACUUAGCCUCACCGUAAAAGCAAUACGAAGCCACUGCAAAAGAACGGCCCUUGUUUAUCAAAGCACUUCCUAAUAGGCUGAUUUAAAUUACAUGUGAAUGAAAGUUAGUUUGGCUCUGUAUGUAAUAGUGUUGGGGGAUUUGUGUGGGAAGGGUUAUUUUUUAAACGGAAAUAAAAGUUGUUUUUUAUU